AUGUGGCAUCUCCAUGUUAUCCCUGUUGCCAAAAACUUCCUAUGGAGGGCAUGCAUCGAUGGUCUUCUCACAAGAGUUAAGAUAUUCCAGAGGAAGAUCAUCAAUGAUGAUUCGUACCCAAUCUAUCUAUCUCAGACAGAAACAAUUGAACACGCUCUAUGGUCCUGCCCCUCAGUCCAAGAUGUUUGGUAUAACAAUAAAAUGAGAUUUCAAAAAGCAAACCUGUCAUCCCAUACUUUCACCAACCUUGUGGAAACUCUCAUUGAGGAACUUGAAGAUGAAGAAAUGAUAUCCUUUUCCUUAAUAGCAAGGAAAAUAUGGAAGAGGAUGAACGAACUUGUUUUUAAACAAAACUUCAAGCACCUCAAUUCUCUUAUUCAGAAAGUAAAGCAACUAAAGCAGGAUCUCAUCCAACUUCACCAGCUUGCAAACUCCAUUCUAAGAGACCAAAGUACACCCCCUCAAUGGAUAGCUCCCCCCCGAGGCAAACUUAGAGUCAACUGGAAUGCUACACUCGAUAAGACUCAUUGCAAAGCUGGAUUUGGUAUUGUUAUCAGGACAGUGAAAGCCAGGCCCCAUGAGCCAUGGGAACGUCGGCCCGAGCUCAAAAAGGUCCCUUCUGGUAGCCAAGGGCGGGUCCCAGACCCAUGCAAGUCAGAGAUAAUCAUUAACAUUGAGAUGAGACGUUGCAGAAGGACGCGUAAAACCAUAAUUGAGAAAAAGGGGAAGAUAUGCCACCAGGCAACUCUGUCAGAGACUCACGCCACAUUAAAUGAUUGA